CAAACUCUUAUUCAUUAUUAAAUAUCCUGGUUAGUUGGCAUUAAACCAGCAUAGAGUAAAAUACAUUAAACAUGGGAAUAGAAACCAUUAAAGUGAUUACCAUGAUGAGCACUCCAUUUAUCAUCGAGAAAAAAGGCUCUGAAUCUUUACAGGGAGUUGAUCGAUAUGAGGGAUUCAACCUUGAUUUUGCAAACGCUCUGGUGGAAGCUACAAACAAUACUUUAAAAUUUAACAUGGAGAUGUGGCCUAACUACAAUUCAGCAAUAGAUUUAAUCCUGAAUGGUUCGGCAGAUUUGAUCCUAGCAGAUUUUUCAAUCUCAGCUAAGAGAUCAAAUCAGGGGGUGGAUUUUUCAGUGCCUUUCAUGUCUGUUGGGCAUACAUUGCUGGGAAGAAAAGCUGAGAAGUUAAAGGAGAAUGGAUUUUACUUCCUGAACCCUGUGAGUCCUGGUGUUUGGUUGAGUGUUGGAAUAUCUUAUCUAGCUGUCUCUAUUCUACUCUACAUCAUUGCAAGACUCUCUCCAUCAGAGCAAUUGUAUCCCGAGAAUGAAACAAAACUGACAUUUUUGAACUCCUUCUGGUUUUCAUUGGCUGCUCUGGUAGGACAAGGGUCUGAAGUUAUACCACGGUCAUUUUCAAGCCGAAUACUUGUUGCCUGUUGGUGGGGCUUUAUACUGAUUAUUGUCAACUCCUACACUGCAAACUUGGCGGCUUUUCAAACUGUAGAGAGACUUGACACUCCAAUAGGAUCACUUCAAGAUUUGAUAAACCAAAAAGCAGUUGAAUGGGAUUGUGUAGAAAAUGGGAUGGUGGAAACUUUUUUAAGGGUUUCAAGGGACCCUCUGCAAAGACAAGCAUACAAUCAAUUGAAGACAAGAAAUAACAGAAUUACCACGAACACGGCAGGAUUUGAGAAAGUUAGAAAAGGCGGAUUCAUCUUAAUUGCUGAAAAUCCAACAAUAGAGUAUGAACUUCAAGACGAUUGCAACUUGGAACAGAUUGGAGGAAUCUUCAAUACUAUCAACUAUGGGUUGGUGUUCAGACCAGAUUUCACCCACAAGUGGAAAUUGAAUUCAGCUAUUCUAGGAAGAAAAUUAAUAAAAUGAUCUUUUGAACACAUUUGAGAAUCAGUUUUUUAUACAAUUAUAACCAUAUAAAACAGUGGAAGCAAUGUCGUCUUUUUAUCCAUUUUUUCGGAAAUUUGUCGACAAAGAUUUUUAUUUUGUAAAUUGUAGCU